AUGAAUGAUAAGGCCCAGCUUCGUGGGUUAUUUGCAGCAACUGGGUACACCGCCAAGAUUGGAUUUAAGGCGGGAGUGCCGUCAUAUUCAAAGCCGGAAACGACAUUGGCGGAACUUGAUGCUGGAAAAUACCCCGGCAUGACAGCCAGUGGCUAUCCAUACAUGUUUCACAUCUACGGCACCCACGGUCCCACACUCCUCAGCAACGGGCCAACUACAAUGGAACUUCAAGGCCGUUGGGUUGGCGACUUCAUCCAAAGAUCGAAAGGAAGGGCAUCAAAUGCAUCAAUCCCAAGCCCGCUGCAGCCGAGACUUGGAAAUACCGUGUCGUAA